AUGGCAGGUACCAGGUACCAAGUCAACUGGCCAUGGAGAGAAGAAUUACCAGACCUUCCAGAAAAUCGUGGUUUGGCGAAAGGAAGGCUAAAGUCACUUGUAAAUAAACUUGAAAAGCAUCCAGAACUAAUGAAAAGGUAUGAUGCCAUAUUUCAAGAUCAGUUGAGAAAUGGAAUGAUUGAAAAGGUCGAACGUACACAAAAUGAUGGUUUUAAACAUUACUUACCUCAUCAUGUGGUUAUAACUCCAGCGAAAGCAACAACAAAAUUAAAAAUUGUAUAUAACGCAUCAGCGAAAACAAGAAAAGAACACAAAAGCUUGAAUGAGUGUUUAAAAAGUGGCCCUGUUUUGCUUCAUAACCUAUGUGGCAUACUUAUGAGAUUUCGAUUACACAAAAUAGGGAUGGUCUCUGAUAAGGAAAAGGCAUUUCUACAAACAGGAUCGCAGCCAUCUCAAAGAGAUGUCACUCGGUUUCUGUGGCUAAAGGAUUGUGAAACACCUAUUGUGGACGAGACGCACAUCCAAGAAUAUCGAUUUUGUCGUGUUCCGUUCGGUGUAGUUUCUAGUCCUUUUCUCCUGGGUGUUGAAUGUCAUUUAGACAUAUAUAAAACGAAAUGGGCAAAACAGCUGAUGGAGAACAUCUACAUGGAUAAUGUUAUAACUGGGGUAGAUUCUGUGAAUGAAGCAGUCGACAUGUACAAAUCCGCUAAGUGCAUAUUCAACGAAGGAAAAAUGAACCUUCGUGAAUGGAUGACUAAUAGUGAUGAUGUCAGAUCAGCUAAACCAAAUGACGAUAGGUCAGUCGGUGAUACUACAAAGGUUCUGGGUCAUUUGUGGACAGCAAGAAUGACACGCUUGCUUUAA